CUUGUUAAAUGCCUUUCCCAAGGACACAAUGUCGGACAUAGCUAAGGCUCGAACCUUAACCCCGAAUACAACACCCAAACAAAAAGACCGAGAAGCUUACUUUAUAAACACCACACGCAAAUCAACCUCGGUUUUUCUGCCUGCGGCGACGUAGCAUCUAACCGUUACAGUAGAGAUGAAGUAAACAUAAGAAAUAGAGGUUUACAAAACUAGUUCUGAAAUAAUACGUUAUUGUAACAAACAAGAUUUUCGUCAGACCGGUACUUUUAGAAGCAUUUUUUAUAACUCAAUGCUCGCCUUAUGUUUCAGUUAGACAAAAAAAAAAAAAGAAAAGAAAUAUUUAUUGCAAAUUUGAAACCCCUGACUCCUUACCGUUCAUUCACCGACAAACAACACAUAUUUCAACAUAAAUGUUUAUUUUUAACAUUCUAAAAGACCUCAGGGGUCUCUAAAAGACUAGCAAUAACAACAACAAAAACAAUAAACAAAAACAGGCCAAGACUCCUGUUCUCACCUCCCGACCCUCUAAGACAUUAUCAAAACAGUGCAACAAUGCCGUAACCACAGACUGGAAACUUGAAUCACUUCCCGGCCAGCCAGCCCGGUACAUAUAGACACUGAACUGUUGGCAUGUCUUUGAUGUCAGCCGCUGUGGUUACAACAUACGCAGUUUUCUCCCCUUGUCUGAGCAUUUCACCAGAUGGCAAGAUCUCAUUGGAUGUCACCAGACAAUAGACUUGUCAACGUCAGUUGUAAAAAUCGUACUUCAGCAAUAUUUUCAGUGUAUGAAGACCUUUUUUUCUUCUUUGAAAAACACAUAAUUGCUUUGUCUUAUGUUUGAGUCAGGCACCGAUGAAGACAAAGUAACAAUAAAUUAGAAAAAUAAAACGAUUUCUUGAUUAUUUGUAUAUUAUUGAAACAAACAUUUUUUUUCAAACUAGAUUUUACAAAACCAUUGUUUUGUCUAAUGUUUCAGUCUGACGAAAAACAAAUCUAACUACAUAAAUAUUUGUUGCAAACUUGAGACUCCUGACCCGUUGCUAUUUAUUUGCCGACGAAACAAAACUCGAUAUUUCAAUGGGUUGUUUUUUCUCCACUAUUUCCGUGUACAUUAAAAUGCCUCACCAGUCUCUAAAAACAAACAACAAACAAACAAUAAACAAAAGCAGGCCAAGACCCCGGUUCUCACCUCCCGACCCUCAAAGACAUUAUCAAAACAGCGCAACAAUGCCGUAACCACAGACUGAAGACUUGAAUCACUUCCCGGCCAGCCAGCCCGGUACAUAAUAGACGCUGAGCUGUUGGCAUGUCUUUGAUGCAAGCCGCCGUGGUUACAACAUACACAGUUUGCUCCCCUUGUCUGAGCAUUUCACCAGAUGGCACGAGCUCACAGGCAGUCAUCAGACAAUAGGACAAUAGACUCGUUAACGCUAGGUGUGGGGACCAAACUCCAAUAAUAUUUACUUUGCAUAAAGACCUGCUUCUAUAUAUCUUUUAAAAUAAUGAACAAAGGCACGUCAAGACUCUGGUUUUCACCUCCGGGUCCUCUAAGAACAUGUCAAAACACAGCAACAAUUCCUUAAUCAGGGACAGAAAACUUCAAUCACUUCCCAACCAGCAUGCUGAGUAUAUAAGGGAUGCUGGUCAGUAUGUGGUCACUUUUCUCUGGACGUUCCAAGGAUACGCAUCGUGUGUGGAGACUAUCAUCGUUUCAUAUCACCGAAGUUGCAAGACACAGCAUGGAUGCCGUUGAACAGCACGACGCUUUUUUCAACUCCUUUAACCUGGUGAGAGGCCCCUGUCUAGGGAGUGGCGCCUUAGGAGAGGUUGUUCUGGCCUCGGCCAAACACAACUCGUCGUUGAAGGUGGCGGUGAAAAUCGUACCUUUUGAGACGGAGGAGUGUGAAAGCGACUUUCUCUCUGAAGUCGGCUUCCUGCGUGAUCUGCGCCACCCCUGCAUCCUCAAGAUGAUAGCGUUUGCUAUGGAUGAUCACUACGGCUUCAUGUUGUCGACAUACUUCAAGAACGGCACACUUCGCGACACCAUGUCGUCCGACCCCCCUGUGAAAGAACCACGGAUCCUCCGACACAUUCUCGACGUGGCCAGCGCUCUGCAGUACAUCCACGGUCUUCACAUCUUCCACCAAGACGUCAAGCCGAGAAACAUCCUCUUGGAUGACCAGGAUCGUGCUGUUCUGGCAGACUUUGGACUGGCAAGACAGGCAAGCGACAGCUCCGCGAUGGUGAUGAAGUGGGAGACUACACCUGGCUAUUACGGACCCGAGACAAGGAAAAGUCGGCCUAUGAGUCCUUUCAAGGUAAGAAUAAGUUCCUUUUUUUUCAUCUCUUUUUUGUGCACCUCUCUGCCUCCCAACCUUCACUGCUCUGCUCUCAUGUUUAAUGUGACGCUAAUUCUAAUCCAGUACCUCCCGGCGGUCAAAGACCUACUCUUCCUGGAUAUGUACAGCCUGGGAGUGUCCAUGUGGAUGCUGAUCUACAGGCAACGCUCAGAAGGCAUCAAAGACCUGUUGGCCUUCUCAGACCAGUGCAAAGACGUUAAGGAGCCUUAUAGGAGGAUCUUACGCCAGCUGCUGCGUAAGGACCCCAACAAACGCUGGAGCGCCGCCGAUCUGUUGAGGUUCUGCGUGUGGAACUCACUCUGCGCACCUUCACUGAUGAGCAGCCACUAA